GCCUGCCACCCCUUUCUCCUCUCCAAAAUUGUACUUUACGCAUUUAUACACAAGAAAGAUCGGUCGAAGAAAAGAACAGCGCAGCUAGCUAAGACUUAUGGGCUCUUUAGUUCCCAAUAACUCUGCCAUUAAUGUCUUCUCCGUCCCAGAUGAUACUACAGGCAAGAUCAUAACUUGCAAAGCGGCGGUGGCGUAUGGUCCCGGGGAGGCGCUGGUGGUGGAGGAUGUGUUAGUGGAUCCGCCUCAGAAAUCGGAGGUUCGAAUUAAGAUCAUCUUCACUUCAAUUUGCCACACUGAUCUCAGUGCCUGGAAAGGAGAGAACGAGGCUCAACGUGCUUUCCCCCGAAUUCUCGGCCACGAAGCCUCCGGGGUGGUGGAGAGCGUGGGGGAAGGGGUGAGAGACAUGAGAGCGGGGGACCACGUGGUGCCGAUCUUCAACGGGGAGUGCGGGGCGUGUCGACACUGCAAGUCGAGCAAGACCAACUUGUGCGAGGACUUCCGGGUGAGCCCGUUAAGGGGCGUGAUGGUCGGGGAUGGCAAGUGCAGGUUCUCCACCAAAGAUGGGAAACCAAUCUACCAUUUCCUCAACACGUCCACCUUCUCGGAGUACACGGUGGUCCACUCCGCUUGCGUCGUCAAAAUCGACCCCAUCGCCCCCCUCAAACUCAUGACUCUGCUCAGCUGUGGCGUCUCCACCGGAGUUGGAGCCGUGUGGAACACUGCCGAUGUUCAAGCAGGCGAAACAAUUGCGGUGUUUGGCAUGGGAGCUGUCGGUUUGGCGGUAGUGGAAGGUGCACGAACUAGAGGUGCAUCAAAGAUUAUUGCAGUUGACAUCAACUCGGAGAAGCGCAUCAAAGGUGAAGCUAUCGGAAUCACAGACUUUAUAAACCCAAAGGAAUUAGAUAUGCCCGUUCACCAGAAAAUUAGGGAAAUGACAGAUGGAGGCGUCCAUUAUAGCUUUGAGUGUGCUGGAAAUGUGGACGUCCUCAGGGAAGCAUUUUUGUCAACUCACGACGGUUGGGGAUUGACGGUGGUUUUGGGGGUGCAUCCCAGUCCGAGGCUGCUCCCGCUACACCCGAUGGAGUUGUUUGACGGGCGGGGAAUCGUUGCAUCCGUCUUCGGGGACUUCAAAGGGAAAUCACAACUCCCUCACUUUGUGAAACAAUAUUGUAUGCAAGGAGGGAUUGUGAAGUUGGACGAGUUUAUAAGUCAUGAAAUGCAUUUUUCCCGCAUCAAUGAAGCCUUCCACCUCCUCCUCCAAGGCAAGUCAUUGAGAUGUCUUCUUCAUUUCUAACCUCAUCUUUUCUUCACAACAAGGAAUAUGUUCUAAAGAACAAAAUAAAAAAGGAAUAACAAGGGGUGGCGAUACCUCAUACUCAAUGUGUUUUAUAGUGUUACAAACUUUGGUACUUCUUAUACAAGUUUGUACUCUGUGGUACUAGUUUUAUCUUAGCUUCGAACGUACUCCAUAUACGUGUAAAACAUGUGUGAGGCACGAGAACACAUUAUACGAAUAAUUAAUAAUUAGAGUAAAAAAUAUGUCUCCAUUAU